AUGGCAGAGGGACUUGGCACACUUCUGUUGGAGUCCAGAUACAUGGACCUCAUCCAUGGCAGUACCUCUGUGGCUGCCGGUUGGCACUUAGCCAUUGGUGUGUGCUGCUGGGACCACAGAAUGGCCAGACUCCUUCGAUUGUCUGCAGCCGUAGGGUGCACACCACGCCAUUGUCUUGGGCUGCAAUUGGCCAUGGCCGUUUUACGUGCAUGGCGUGCAUUGGUAAUCCAUCAAUGCGGGGGUGAUACCCCGGGGACGGUCACUGAGUCGUGGCUUGUACUUAGGUUCUUGGGCCCUUUUUCCAUCGCCGUUGGUCCGUCGAUCCACCACUCAGGGCUCACAAACUCCCAGUUGACAAUCUUAAGGACAUUUUGCGUGUGGCACUCGUGCUGA